UAUUUACUUUGUAACUGUGAAUGAACUGUUACUGUGAACUGUAAGUCGCCAUAUGACCUUAAACUGUGUCGGUGCGACGUUAAACCCAACAAAAAAAAAUGGGUACUGUGAACUGUAACUCGUGAGUUGUACCAAGGUAAAAGUACACGAUCAACUUCAGCUGAAAAAUAGUAAACAGAGAACAUGUUAGAUGCAGUGGGUUACUUUUGAGUUUAUAAAUAAAAAUAAAUCUAUAUUUUACAUAAGUGGUAAGUAAUUAAUUUUGAGUCAGACAAGUUGAGAAGUAUAACUCAUAACUAUGCAAGGAUGUUUUUUUUUCAAGUGUUUGUUCUUCAUCAAUACAGUACAAGUAGCGUUAGAUAUAUCUACUUCCUAUUUAAUUGACCGACAUGAAUCACUUAACUAAAACAGUAUAUUAUAAGUAAAGAUCAACUCAUAACAAAUCGCCAAGGAUAGCGAUAGUUGUCGUUGAAUUAUACAUAUAUAUUUCAGUAUUCUUACAAAUUUCUUUUAGUACCAUUCCACAAAACUACCGCCUUAAAACACUUGAAAUAGGAAAUAGUUUUGUUGAGGAUUAACCUUUACAAAUGUUUGGAUACUAGUAUUCAAUUCUGGCAUGAUGACUUUAGUUUAUUUUUGUUAAAUCAUAUGUUAACCUUAAUUUUGACUUAAGCAAUCGUAUCUAUUUGUUUUUAUUUAUAUCUGACUAAAAUGGUAUUUUAAGUAAGAUAUUGUAUAUCGAUGUUAUAUCAUAAAAGAUAAAGCACUUCACAUGCUUGAAAUGACGAGAGUCUGUAAGACUAUGGCUACUGGAGGCAUAUCCUCCGACUUUAAUCAAAUUAAACAGGGCUUUUGGUGAUACGAUACGAACAUCACGAAUGAUAUAAAUGGCGGAUCAGGAAGAAGUUCACUACGACAGCACAGUCACGAAAGAAGAUGAGACAGAGGAUGGCCAGCAUCGGCGUGAAGAGUCAAGUGACAAAGGAAGUAAACCAGCCGGCAGUACUGAAGUUGUUGAAACAAUGUCCCGUACAAAACUACAACCUAUUGCACCGAAACCAAAGACACAGCACAGUCAGGAGACCUUGGAAAGAAAAGGUUGUUUAGCGAUUAAUGCUGAUACACAGAUGUUGUCGACACAGGGAUGGUAUUAUUUUGACGGGGAAAAUUUGUCCAUACAAAGACCGGAAGUUGUCUAUACACCGGGCAGUGAUUAUUGCCACGUAAAGGCCAAGGACGCUGAUGUAGAUAGCGAGGACAAAAACGAUUCUUCCUGCGAGUCUAACAGCAGUGGUAGUGAAAACUCAAAUGAGGACGUGAAGGUACAUUCAAAACUAUCGGGGCUGAAAACACUAAGUAUCAACAUCCGCCUCAAUGUAGCUGAUCUUGUACAGACAUCAACUACUUCAAGACGUCACAGGCACAAGAAAACACGUCACAAAACAGUCCGUCUUGUUCCGCCUGCACACUACGAGAUAGCAGAGCUAAUUAACAAAGAACCCACUGAUACUGGUAAGGAACCGGUAGAAAACUCUAUGAAAAGCAUUGGAGUAGAAACAGAUGUUUUUGAACUUCCACCAAGGAGACCUCCGAAAACGUAUCGCACAGAAGUCAAUGUAUCUGACGCCAUGAAAAGCAUUGGAGUAGAAACAGAAGAUGUUUUUGAACUUCCACCAAGGAGACCUCCGAAAACGUAUCGCACAGAAGUCAAUGUAUCUGACGCCAUGAAAAGCAUUGGAGUAGAAACAGAAGAUGUUUUUGAACUUCCACCAAGGAGACCUCCGAAAACGUAUGGCACAGAAGUCAAUGUAUCUGACGCCAUGAAAAGCAUUGGAGUAGAAACAGAAGAUGUUUUUGAACUUCCACAAAGGAGACCUCCGAAAGCGUUUUGCACAGAAGUAAAUGUAUCCGACGCCGGUCAGUCUAGUAAGAAUAAUUCAACGACUGAGGACCAGGAAGCGAAUUAUGAAUUCGUGGCGUCUAUUGAACCAGUGGCUGAUAAUAAAAUUCCAGAUCAUGACGUAUAUUCUUCCGACACUCAUUUAACGACUGAAGUGGAAGGUUUGUCAGGGACCCAAGACUGGUUUUAUAGUUACAAAGAAGGUCAUAAAGCACAAACAGACCUUUCUAACAGUGAAAAGGCGGACGGAAGCUUUGCUGUGAUUUCAGAAAAUAUUGAAGAAAAUUACCAUUUUCCCUUCACACUUUUACUCAAACACAGAGGAAAAAUUACACGUAUACCUAUAAAGAGAAUUACAGACUAUAGGAAAAAGAAGUACGAGUUGUUCAGUACAAAAAAGGGUACGAUCCUUAAACUAGUGGAACACUUUAGACACAGGCCAUUGCCGCAUUUCAAGUUAACUUUGAAAUGAAGUUGUAAAGCUGUCACGUCGUGCCAAAGUUGUAUAGUUCUUACGUCUACGUUGAGGUCUAGCAAGAAGAAAGGAGUCCAUGACCUACCAACGCCGUUCGGGCACUUAAGGAAAUUUAUCGCUGUUAAAAUAUGAAUAGAGUUCUAGAGAAGUCUUGUCAGUUUUGAAGAAAAAGGGAAGAUAAACUUGAUGAUUAAAAAAAAACUUGAAAAAUGCUUUUUGCUUGCUAUAUAGUAUAUGGAUAAAGCUAUUGCUGUACAGUCAAUACUCUUUUUACAAACAAAUAUUUCUUACUGUCAUCUGCGUCUUUAUUUGUUAUUUUUGCAUUAUUAACGCAAGCGAAAAUACUUUCGCAUUCUCCAAGAAAAAUAUGUUCAAGAAAAGUAAAUGCUAUAAUGACUGAAGAUACAUAUUUCUUUGAAGUGUAUGAAGUAUACCUACGUGUGGAUUUGGCGUUUUCUAAGAGAGAAAGAAAAGCUAGGUAAUGUUGUUUUCAAAACACCAGUCUUGAAUAGACGUAUUUCACCAUAAAAUGUCUCCUCAUACUUGGACGCUUAUGAAAAUUUAGAAAUAUAAACCUGUAUUAAAUGGUGGUUUCUUGUGUA